AUGCUGAAAGUGAAGCAUUAUUAUCAAAAACAGAACCCUCUAAUAUUGAACUACAAUGGUGGUUUUUGUUAUUGGGAAAUCCUUUUUCCUCAAACGGGGGUAACGCAACACUGCUAAAGUGCUAAUCACCAGUCGCGCCGCUGCAUCACCACCCCAUCAUUGCAUAGAAACAUUACCAAAACUACCCAUAAUCACCAGUAAAUGCAACUUUAUUCUUUGAUAUUGAAUGAAGAAAUGCAGCAGUAAAUGCAGAUUCUUCUCUUUCAACUGCCUCUCAAUUAUUGGCCCACUUCCUUUAAUUCUUCCCAUAAAAAUUCAAGUUCUUGUGCGUUCCAUAAAACUGAAAAGACUUUCACGUUUCACCUCCUUGUUAAACUUCCUUCGUCUGCCUAUCCCGAGAGUUUGUCUCCAUUAUCCAGCCUUUUCUGUUGUCUUUUUUCCCGCUGUUCUACUCGUGGAUGUUCAAACAUUGUUCUGUUUGUUAGUUUAGCUUGUUUCUUUCUCUCUGCUACUUUCAUGGUUUCUUCACAUCUUAUCGCUAUCCUUUGAUAAUUUUCAAGCAUGAAACCAUUAUUCUGAACUUCCCAUUUGAAGUUUCACUUACUUCUUGGAUAUUUUGCUUAGAUUAGGCCUUUAACGAGUGCUUUUUUUAAGUCUUUGACAGCUUUGAAGGUGCGGUCUUUUCAGAAAUUUGUUAUUUAAGCUGUUCUUUUGAGUGAUGUGUCUGGUUAUAUUUUUUUUAGCUUUUUCAGGCUUACAAUCUUCUAGGGUUUUACUGAAAUCAUUGUAGAAUUGAAGCUUGGAAUAUGCAAAUGGGGUGUUCCACUACUUUUCUUUUGGUGUUUCUUUCAUGGCUCUUGUUUGCUUCAAGAACUCACCAGCUGAGGAGCUAUGAAACACAAGUUCUUCUUCAGCUGAGGAAGCAUUUGGAGUACCCAAUCCCACUCAACGUUUGGGAAAACAACACUGAUGAUUUGUGUAAUUUGUCCUCUCCACCGCACAUGAGCAUCAAAUGUGAGGACGAUUCAGUUACUGAGCUCAGAAUUGUGGGAGAUAAGCCGGCAAAGGUCAGUGAAUUCAGGGGAUUUCCCAUACCAAAUCAAACAUUAUCUCCGAGUUUCUCAGUUGAUUCUUUUGUUACUACAUUGACGCGGUUGUCUAGCUUAAGGGUCCUUAGCUUAGUAUCCUUAGGCAUUUGGGGCUCGCUGCCUGAUAAAAUUCAUCGGUUAUCUUCACUUGAAGCUUUGGACAUGAGUUCAAAUUUUAUGUUUGGUUCGAUUCCAUCUGAAAUGUCAAGAUUGGUGAAGCUUCAGACUUUGACCUUUGAUGAGAACUUUUUCAAUGAUACAGUCCCUGAGUGGUUGGAUUCAUUAGCAAAUCUCACCACAUUGAGCUUAAAGAACAACAGACUGAAGGGUCAGAUUCCUUCUGCAUUGCCAAGAAUUUCAACCCUGACUGAAUUAGGUCUGUCACACAACUUGCUUUCUGGGAAAUUGCCUGAUCUGAGCAGCCUGUCUAAUUUGCAGUUGCUGGAUUUGAGAGAGAACAAUCUGGAUUCUGAAUUGCCUCCUCUGCCAGAAGGGCUGGGUAAUAUUUUCCUCAGCAACAAUUCAUUUUCUGGUAGUAUACCAGAGCAAUUUGGCAAAUUGAAUCAUCUUCAGCACCUUGAUCUCUCAGACAAUUAUCUGAGUGGAACCCCACCUGCUUUGCUGUUCUCUUUGCCCAAUAUUAGUUACUUGAAUUUAUCAUCCAACAGUCUUAGUGGAUCGCUUCCUGGGCAUCUCAAGUGUGGGGAUUCGCUUAGCCUGGUUGAUCUUUCUGAUAACAGAUUGAUAGGUCAGCUUCCAAAUUGCUUGGGUACUGCUGCCAUUGCUGGAGAUAACAUAAUGGUUGAUAUUCAUGGGAAUUGCUUCUCCAUUGAAGACAGAGAUCAACAUCCUAGUGGAUAUUGCAAAGACAUUGCUAAGAGGAGAUCCACCGUGAAGGAAAUAGCUGUUCUAGCUGGUGUGAUUGGUGGAAUUAUCAUCAUUGUGGCAUUCAUCUUGGUUGUAGGUCUUCUCGUUUACUGUAAAAAACACCGCAAACAGGAGGCGUUAAUUCAGCAUAUUGCACCUAAGGUUAAGCAAGAUGAUCCACCAUCAGGAAUUUCCCCUGAACUCCUAGCAAAUGCCAGGAUCAUCUCGCAAGCAGCAAAAAUGGGGAACCAAAGUGCUCUACCCUACAGGGUGUUCUCUGUAGUAGAACUGGAAGAAGCCACAAAAAACUUUGAUCCCUCAACAUUUUUGGGUGAGGGCCCUAUGGGAAAGGUUUACAAGGGAAGGUUAGAGAAUGGCACCCUUGUCAUUAUACGAUCCUUGGCUCUACAUAGGAAAUACUCAAUUAGGAACCUCAGGCUGAGGCUGGAUUUGCUUUCAAAGCUUCACCAUCCUCACCUGGUUGGCCUUCUUGGUCAUUGCAUUGAUGGUGGAAUGCAAGAUGACUCGACUAUACAUAGAUUGUUCCUUGUGCAGGAAUUUGUUCCUAAUGGGAACUUCCGGUCUCAUCUUUCAGAGACCUCUCCAGAGAAGAUACUGAAGUGGUCCGACAGAUUAGCCAUUCUAAUUGGUGUAGCCAAGGCUGUUCAUUUUCUGCAUACUGGAGUGAUUCCACCUUCUUUCAGCAAUCGACUGAAGACAAAUAAUAUACUGCUUGACGAGCACGGGAUUGCCAAACUUAGCGACUAUGGGAUUUCCAUCAUUACAGAUGAAACUGAAAAAUCUGAAGCAAAGGGAGAUACAACUAAAUCAGGGCAUGUUGAGAAAUUGCAGGAUGAUGUUUACAACUUCGGAUUCAUAUUACUUGAAUCGCUCGUUGGUCCUAUCGUUAGUGGAAAAGGAGAAACAUUUCUACUAAAUGAAAUGACUUCCUUUAACAGCCAAGACGGUCGGCUAAAGAUAGUGGAUCCAAUUGUGUUAACCACCAGCUCGCAAGAAUCCUUGUCAAUUGUGAUAUCCAUCACAAACAAAUGUAUAUCGCCUGAAUUCUCAAACCGGCCCUCUUUUGAGGAUGUCCUUUGGAACUUGCAGUAUGCAGCUCAAGUCCAGGCUACAGCCGAGGCCGAUCAGAAAUCCGAAACUACAUCUCGUCCAAGCUUCAGUUGAGAAGAUAACUAAUCCUGUCCAGGAACACCCUCGCUUUUGUGGGAAACUACCUUGCAGCCAUCCUGAUGAGGACCCUCUCACCUUCAUGGUAACUAAGUAAACAUGAAUGUGCCCAUGUCUCGACCUAGCUAUUCCUGUUUUAUUUUGUAGCUGUGUAAAUUGUAAAUGUCCUUCCACUCUUGAUUCUUUGAUUGACUUAGAGAAUAGGUGAAGUUACAGAUUAUAGCCUCUUGAGAUAUUAUCUUGAGACAAACUUGUAGCUAUGAUCAUUCUAUAGUUUCAUUCACAGAGUUUGUUGGGAUCACUUGUUUGUGUGGCAGCAGUUUUGAUCACAUACUUGAGCAAUGAAGAUGUAAAUUUCAUUGGGUGUUGAACCUUAAA